AUGAAGCCUACCAUGUCCCUCGCACUCAUGUGUCUCGUGGUCGCUUUGGCCGCACCCAUUCUUGCUCGUCCAGAUGGCCAUGUGAAGGACUCUUUAGGCCGUAUACUUCGUCCUGGUCAAACCUACUACAUCGUACCUGCGACUCCCGAGACAGGAGGAGGUCUUUUCUCGAACAGUGAAGAGAUCUGUCCUCUCGACAUCCUCCAGUCAAAGAAUCCGCUUGACCUCGGCUUACCCAUCAGAUUUAACUCCGAGUUAUGGUUUGUUAAGGAGUUGACUAAUGUCACCAUCGAGUUCGAGGCUCCAAACUGGUUCUUGUGUCCUAAAGAAUCCAAGGGGUGGAGAGUUGUAUACUCUCAAGAUUUCAAAAAGACUCUUGUAAUAAGCACUGGUGGCUCAUCAAACCCAAGUGGGUUCCAGAUCCAACGAGAAGGAGAUGCUUACAAGAUUGUGUAUUGUACGAUCAUGUCGCCUACUACGUGCAAGAACGUUGGCAUAUUCACCGAUCUCUCUGGUGUACGACACUUAGCCUUAACCAACGACGAGGCUCUGCUGGUUAAGUUCCAGAAGACUAAUGUAGAAUCUGAGCUGAAAACUAAGUUAAGGAUGUUCCCUUUCUACUAA